UUCAUGCAUUUUGGCAUUCUGGUUGACUGACCUUCAGUGACCUGACUGCCUUAACCUUCUUCAAAACUGAUUUGAAUAGGAAUUGUUGAAAAUAGGAAACACUGAAAACUUCACUUAAAAGGGACUGUAGAGCAUUUUGAACUGUUCUCUUGGACAUGGAGAGACAAUGAAUUAAUAAUUCAUUUAGAUUCCUUGUUUCAGCUUUCCUGACUGUCAAAAUGAUUAAAAGAGAGACAAGUAUUUGCCAACAAACUCAAGCCCUUCUAUGUAAGAAUGUGCUUAAAAAAUGGAGGAUGAAAAGAGAGAGUUUAUUGGAAUGGCUUCUGUCAUUGGGUCUAUGCCUGCUGCUGUUACUGUUUCGAAUGCACACUACAGAGAUCCAGAUUCCUGGAAGACCUCCAGUAGAUCUGGGAAGCCUAGACAAAUUUAGUUAUCCUGACUUUCGGAUUAAAUAUAUGCCAGUCACCAGCAUAACUCAACAGAUAAUGGAAAAAAUCGCUUUGGCUCCCUUUAUGAAAGGAAUAAAUAUCAUUGGGAUUACAAAUGAAAAAGUUGGAAAUGUAUCUCGUGGAUUCUUUUUCCCAUUUGAAGUCCUCUUUCAUAAUAUGUUUUCAUAUGAGUUGAAGACAAUGCAUUAUCAUUUUCAAUUAAUAGAGGAAUUUAAUGAACUUUCAGAAUAUUGCAUAAAUAAUUCUAAAGAAAUCAGGUGUUCUCUUGAAGAAUAUUGGGAAGAAGGUUUUGUUGCUCUUCAAACUAUCAUAAAUUCUGCCAUUAUAGAAAUCACAACAAAUUAUUCGGUGAUGGAUCAGCUCAUGUCAAUCAAUGGAAUAACGAUGAAGGUUCAUCCUUUCAUUGGCCAGUCUUUAAUUAUAAGCAAUUUUGUCAUUUUAAUCUACAUAGUUUCUUUCUCUCCAAUGAUAUAUUUUUUAACCAUUAAUGUUACAAGAGAGAGAAAAAAAGUUAAGGAAUGGAUGACAAUAAUGGGCCUCCAAGAUUCAGCUUUCUGGCUUUCCUGGGGUUUAUUGUAUGCUGGCUACAUUUUUAUCUUGGCAAAUCUUUUGGCCAUCCUCAUUACGUCUCGUAAAUUUAUGAUUCAUUACUUCAUGGUAUUCAGCAUUUUUCUCCUAUAUGGUCUCUCUUUGGUAGCAUUAGCAUUCCUACUGAGUGUGUUGCUCAAGAAACCUGUCCUUACUGGUUUGACCACAUUCCUCCUUACUCUUUUUUGGGGAGGUUUGGGGUUUAUUUUAUUGUAUCAACAACUUCCUCCAUAUUUGGAAUGGAUUUUAAGUCUCCUGAGUCCCUUUGCUUUCAUUUUUGGAAUGAUCCAGAUUAUGAAAAUGGAUUACAACAUGAGAGGUUUUGUUUUCCCUUACCCCUCUGGAGUUGCAGAUCAAUGGUUAACCACGUUUUUCGUGAUGGUUUUUGAUAUUCUUCUCUAUUUGAUCCUUGCUGUGUAUUUCGACAAAAUCUUGCCACGUAAAUAUGGACGACAACAUUCUCCUUUGUUUUUCCUGAAGUCUUCAUUUUGGUACUCUUAUGACAGGGCUGAUAAUCAGGUAGUAGAGAAUGAGACUAACUCUACUUCUACAUAUUGCUCUGACUCUUUUGAAUCAGUGCCUCCAGAAUUUCAUGGGAAAGAAGCUAUCAGAAUCAGAAACGUGAAAAAGGAAUAUAAAAGAAAGUCCGAAAAAGUGGAAGCUUUGAGAGAUUUUCAAUUAGACAUCUAUGAAGGCCAGAUCACAGCAAUACUUGGCCACAGUGGAGCUGGGAAAUCAACACUAAUAAAUAUUCUUAGUGGAUUAUCUGCCCCAACAGAAGGUUCUGUUAGAUUCUAUAGUAAAAACAUCUCUGAAAUGUCAGACAUAGAAGAAAUAAGGAAGAUCAUUGGUGUUUGCCCACAAUUUAAUGUCCAUAUUGAUCUCCUUACUGUACGAGAAAACUUAAGGCUAUAUGCUAUAAUCAAAGGAGUUCCGCCAAAAACGGUGGAGCAAGAGGUUCAAAGAGUUUGUCUGGAAUUAGAAAUGAAAAGCAUUCAGGAUACCUUGGCUGUGAACCUAAGUGGUGGACAGAAAAGGAAGCUGACCUUUGGUAUUGCCAUUUUAGGUGAUCCUCAGGUUUUGUUAUUGGAUGAACCAACUGCUGGAUUGGAUCCUUUUUCAAGGCAGAAAGUGUGGCAUCUCUUAAAGGAACACAAAGCAGACCAUGUGAUCCUCUUCAGUACACAGUUUAUGGAUGAGGCUGAUCUUCUUGCUGAUCGGAUAGUGUUUAUAUCCAGAGGGAGACUGAAGUGUGCAGGCUCUUCUUUGUUCUUAAAGAAGAAAUGGGGAAUUGGCUAUCACUUAAGUUUGCACAUAAAUGAAUCCUGUGACGUUGAAAGAAUAACAUCACUCAUUAAAAAUCACAUUCCAGAUGCAAAAUUAACUGCAGAAAGUGAAGAAAAGCUUUUAUAUACAUUGCCCUUGGAAAGGACAGAUAAAUUUCCAGACCUUUACAGUGAUCUUGAUAAUUGUACUGGCCAAAGCAUUAUGAAUUAUGGUGUUUCCAUGACAACUCUCACUGAAGUAUUCUUGAAUCUAGAAGGAAAAACAGCAAUCAAUGAAGCAGACACUGGUAGUUGUGGGCAGGAACAAGCAGAAGUUACAAUACAUUCUGAAAACUUUGUUGAACUAGAGCAGACUUUCUCUUCUCUUCUGGAAGAGAAGAUAGAAACAGUCCAUGGCAUGGCUCUCUGGAGACAACAGAUUCGGGCAGUUGCAAGGAUACGCUUCUUAAAAUUAAAACAUGAAAAGAAAGUUCUUUGGUCAUUAAUUUUAUUGCUGCUGGUUCCUUUGAUUCCUAUUGUCUUUGAGAUGAUAAUGUAUCCACCAGCAAAUUCACAACUUUCUCAAAGAAUUUCUCCUCACAUGUAUUUCCUCUCUCCUGGACAGUGGCCACAUGAUUCUCUCAGCAGCCUAUUAAUUGUCAACAAUACAGGGUCAGACAUUGAAGAUUUUAUAAGUUCCCUGAAGCCCCAGAAUAUAGUUUUAGAAGUAGAUGACUUUAAAAAUAAAAAUGGAACAUCUGAUCUUGCCUACAAUGGAGCUAUCAUAGUAUCAGGCAAAAAAGAGGAUUAUAGGUUUUCUCUUGCAUGUAAUAGCAAGAGACUAAAUUGCUUUCCUGUCCUCAUGAAUAUUGUAAGCAAUGGACUACUUAGAAUGCUUAACUCCUCAAAACAAAUUCAUAUUGUGAGAAAUAAAUAUUCUUUUAAGACGAGAUUCACAUCUAUGACUAAGACAGAGAUGGAUUUUUUGUUGAUAUUGACAACAACCAGCAUUUCUCCCUAUUUGGCAAUGAGCAGCAUCAUUGAUUACAAAAUAAAAGCUCAAGACCAACUAAGGAUUUCAGGCCUCUAUUCUUCAACAUACUGGUGUGGACAAGCACUGGUGGAUAUUCCCUUGAACCUCAUAAUUCUUUUUUUAAUAUAUGCAAUUAUAUACAUUAUAAACCCAGUCUACUUCCCAAAGAAUCUUGGACUCCUAUUUAGUCAGAUCAUCAGUAUCAUUGGUUAUGCAGGUUCAAGUGUCUUCUUCACAUAUGUGAUUUCAUUUAUUUUUAAGAAAGGACGAAAAAAUAGUGGCAUUUGGUCUACUUUCUUCUUUAUUGCUUCCUUACUCAUAUUUUUCUGUAUUGAAAUGAACAAGUUCACUUCAGUUGCUACCAUUUGUUUUGUUGCAUUCAUACCAUUUUUCACACUAUUCGAAUGUACAAACUUAAUUAUAAAGGACAAUUAUGACAAAUUAGUAAACUAUGACAAUCCAGAUUAUGACCAACAUGGAAAUAACAUAAUCAUCUUCUUCAUAAUUCUCAUACCUUUUCUCCAUUGUAUCAUUUUCCUUUUUGUUCUACGAUGUCUGGAAAUGAAAUACGGAAAGCAAUCCAUGGGAAAGGAUCCUAUCUUCAGAAUUUUUCCAACAAAUAAUGAUGCUGGUAUCAACCCUGAAGAACCAGAAGAUGAAGAUGAAGAUGUUCAGGCAGAAAGAGCUAGAACUCUUAGGGCACUGAAUGCUUCCAAUGAGGAUGAGAAACCUGUUAUUAUUGCCAGCUGUCUGAGAAAAGAAUAUAAAGUCAAGAAGACAAGAUGUUUUGCAAAGGGAAAGAAGAAAGUGGCGACAAGAAAUAUCUCUUUCUGCGUAAAAAAAGGGGAGAUACUGGGACUGCUGGGACACAAUGGAGCUGGUAAAAGUACAACUAUUAGGAUGAUAACUGGAGACACGAGACCAACAGCAGGGAAGGUGAUUCUGAAAGGAAGCAAAACAAGUGAGCAAGGAGAAGAGACAAUCAAUAUCCUUGGGUACUGUGUUCAGGAAAAUUCACUAUGGCAAAACCUUACAGUGAGAGAACAUCUGGAGGUCUAUGCUGCAGUGAAAGGGAUGAAAAAGAAAGAUGCCAUGGUCACUAUUUCACGAUUAAAGGACAUUUUCAAACUUCAGGACUACAUGAAAGUUCCAGUAAAGGAACUGUCAACAGGCAUAACUCGAAAGUUGUGCUUUGCUCUGAGUAUCCUGGGAAAUCCAGCUGUCAUGCUUCUGGAUGAACCAUCAACUGGAAUGGAUCCAGAAGGACAGCAACAAAUAUGGCAAGCUAUUCGAGCAAUCUUUAAGGAUAAGGAGAGAGGGGCUAUCCUGACCACACAUUACAUGGCAGAGGCUGAAGCUGUGUGUGACAGAGUUGCCAUUAUGGUAUCAGGAGAGCUACGAUGCAUUGGUUCUAUUCAACAUCUGAAAAGCAAAUUUGGCAAAGAUUAUUUACUGGAAAUAAAAGUCAAGGAACCUGAACAAGUGAGACAUCUCCAUGAAGAAAUCGUGAAGCUUUUUCCAACGGCAGCACGACAAGAAAGGUAUUCCUCCUUGAUGGUCUAUAAAUUACCUGUAGAAGAUGUGCAUCCUCUUUCUCAGGCCUUUUCUAAAUUAGAGGCAGCUAGGCAAAACUUCAACCUAGAAGAAUACAGUCUCUCUCAGUCUACUUUGGAACAGGUCUUCCUAGAGCUAUCAAAGGAACAGGAGCUAGGAAAUUUUGAAGAGGAAUUGGAUACAACUAUAAAAUGGAAACUCCUCCCACAGGAAGAACCUUGAAGGCCUGGACUUGCUAUAUCUAUGUAUAAGAUCUCAUUAUAUUAAUGCAUUUAUAGUUUUUAUCUCAUAUUUUCUCUAAAAUGUUAAUCCAAUUUACAACACAUAUUUUGUAUUUGUUCAGUAAAUGUUUUAACUUUGUAAUAACUCUUUGCUAGAAUAAAAGAAGCAAGGAUGGUUUUGGGCAAAAUUACUCUAAUAAACAGUAUUGAUAAUGGCAUUGAAUUGGAGUGUAUGGGUUUCCUAUAUAUUGGCAUGCCAUUUUAGGUAUACUUUCUGUAUUCUAUUGUAGGCUUUUUUUUUUUAAACCUUUACCUUCUGUCUUGGAGUCAAUACUGUGCAUUGGCUCCAAGGCAAAAGAGUGGUAAGGGCUAGGCAAUGGGGGUCAAGUGACUUGCCCAGGGUCACACAGCUGGGAAGUGUCUGAGGCCAGAUUUGAAGCUGAUAUAGUUUUUUUUUUCUUAACUAGAAGGUGAGAAUAGAUGAUGGGAAGUAGAAUCUAGGGCCACACCUGAACAUGAUGUGGGAGAAGAAGUAAAGGGAUUGAGAAUUCUUGACCCCAAAUUUUUUUUAAAAUAAGACUCUAGUUAUCAGAAUCAAUCAAUACUUGACCAAAGGAAGUGAUUAAUCUGGGGUUGGUAAUUAUCAGAAUCAUAGUAAAAUUAAUAGAAUUCUAGUAAUGAAUAUUAUGAUAUAUUAUAUAUAAAAUAAAAUAUUAUAAGGGAAAAGUUUAAAGUAAUGCAGUAAAUCUUGCUACUUUGUCUUUCUACUGAAACUUUCUAUAAAAAAAAAAAAAACACCUAGCAUUUUGCCAAAGGUAUGACUCACCAAGUAAGCUGAAAGACUAUCAACCACAUACAGCAUGUAAUAGGUGUAUUUUGGGAGGUGGGAUCAGAGCCUGGUCUAAGACCGAUACACAGAUAACAAAGCCUCAGUAAUGGGAGAAUAUAUUUAUUUUAAAGGGAGAGCAUAAGAGGGUAAGGGGAAAUCCCUAACAAUAAUUUUACUAAGUAACCCAAGAACUAAUGCCUUCUUGUGAAGGAUCUUCAGAGAGUUGUUUCCCACUCUAUCUUCCUAUCCUGCUUUGCUGUAAAACCCAGUCCCUGUCUAACUAUCCUGCACUAAAAUCCUCUCCUGGUUGUUAUUAGAGAUACUGGUCAAUAACAGAUUAGGCAGAGAUUCAGGGAAAGGUCCCAAGUCCAGCUGUCUUGGACCUAUGUUUACUGACAGCUUGAUGUUCACACAGGACAGUGAUAGCUUCUUGAGAUCUUCUUCAGGACAUACAGCUCAAGAACAGCAAAACAAGAAGCAAUAAAAGAUAGAGUCAAACCCUCAGGAGUUGACAUCCACCCCCACCAGAUACAAAUCCAGAGAGAGACAGACAGCCUCUAACAGUCUCUAACAGCUGAGUUUUCAGCUUAACCUCCUCUGCAGCAUUCCAGAAUCUUUUCCUGCUGGUCUCCUGCCUUUGUGUUCUGCAAACCUAAACUUACCUCUUCCCUAUAACAUUCCCCCCUUUGUACAAAGCCAAAUAGUGUUGAAAACAAUGUUUUGGCAUUUGUGUACCAACAAACUUAAAUUCCCACCUUAACUAAAAUUUUUACCCAAAAUAAUAAACAGCCUACACUCACUUAUCCUACCUAACACUACCUUACUCUGGGGAUUUAAACAAAAGAAAGGAAAAGGAACAUAUAAUAAACAGUUACAAAGAUCAAAAUACAAAGCUAAUGUAUGCAAAAGCAAAAUAAGCAAGAAAAAAAAUCAAAAUAGAAAUACAACCAUAAAACUUUAUUUAAAACAAUGAAGUCAUAAAAAUACUAUACUUAUAAACUAAUACAGAAAAGAAUUCUAUCAAAGCUAUUGGAAUGCAUAAAACAUAUAAUGGAAAAAUUAGAAAAAGUACAAUAAACACAACAUAGCAUAAGCUUUUACAAAAAAGUCAAACCAAUCCAUCAAAACUUACUUGUGCAAAAUACAUUCAAAAGUAGAUGAAAAUUCAAAAUAAUCUUAUUCUAAACUAUACCUCAUUAUUACACAAAACUCAAACUAUUACAUAAAACUGUGCAU